AUGGCCACUAUAGCUCGCAUCAGCCAGUUGAUCUACACCAAAACGAGCCACACGAUUCGGUGCGAGGCUGUUCGGACUGAGCGGGAUCGCCUGCCACAUCAACCACUACAAGCAUAUAUGGAUGGUGAUAAUGUUAAGCGACACACGGUCCCAUGGCAGCAGAUUCUCAUGUUUUUCACGCGCACGCAGGCCCCACAUGAUUGGGCUAGCCCCCACUACAGGUUUUCCAAACGCCAGCGAGCGGCAUGGGCCACAUUAUAG